AUGAUGUUAUCCUUAUGGGAUCAUCUCUUUUGUGGCGUACUUUGCGAGGAAGAAUUUCUUUUAGCAUGUUUCCAUUCUUCAAUAAUUGCCAUUACAAAAGAUAGCCUCGGCGUGGAAACGUCUGACUCAGAUACACGUCGGUACAUAGUUAAAGCGAUUGUAGGGGCUACAGAUUAUGAUGAAGAAUUUGCAAAAUCGACUUGGAGACUUUUGAAAGAAGAGAUAGAAAGGGAGAGAGAGCGGGAAAGAGAAAAACUAGAGAGAGAAUGUCGGGAAAGAGACAAAGAAAGACAAUUUGAACUAGAUAAACUGAAACUAACUACCGCAGCAGAAACGGUUAGCUUGAGUUCAAAUGGGUCAGCGAGUACAGAUACUUCUAGGAAAUCAAAUUUAAAGCAUCUGGUUCCAAAAUUUGACCCGAAGCAAUUAGAUGUCUCGUUAUUUUUUGAAAUUUUUGAGAGACAGGCUAAGAAAGAGGAGAUAGAGGAAGAGAGGUGGGUUUCCCAGCUUAUUCCUUUGUUGCCCCCGGAAGUAGCAGAGCUAAUUGUGAAGGAACCCCUUGAGAAAAGCGACGAUUUUCCUCACAUGAAGCGCCUGUUAAUGAAGAGGUUCAAACUAAAUUCUGUGGAAUUGCGGAUUAGGUUUGAAGAACAUAAUCGGAAGUUUGGUUCCUCCUGGGCAGAUCUCACCUUCGAAUUAAGAAGCUAUCUAGACAAUUGGCUAGAAACCGCGGAGGUAAAUACAUUCGAGGAGUUAAAGGAGUUAUUGCUCACGGAGCAGUUAAAAAAGAGAACCCCUGCUGAGGGACAUAUAAAACCAAAUUGCCCUGAAUUUAAGAGAGCGCAAGGGGAACAAAUCAAUCAUAUUGGAGACACGAAAGAACUAAGCGAGUGUUUUGCCCCUUAUAUAAGUACUGGGAAAAUAAAUGGGGAGGUUCGGAAAAUCCUUCGGGACAGCGGGGCCUCCAUCGAUGUCUGCCCUCGCAGUUGGAUCAAAACAGAAGAUUUUACGGGAGAAUAUGUUUACGUGAAGCAACCUUUAGAUGAAGAGUGUAAAUGCUUGCCUUUGGCAAAAAUAUACAUAGAGACCGACGAAGGUUGUGUGUAUUCUAAAGCAGCGAUAAAAAACACGGAUAGCGACGCGAGAUUCUAUCUUUUGGGAAAUAGGACAGCGGAAUUAUUUUCUCGGUCAAAAUCAAAACCAGAGGCCUUAAAUGCAGUCGAAACGAGGGGAAGUUUACGUCGAAAACAGGGAGGAACGGAAGUGAAUUCCACAACACAGGAAACUUUGAACGCAAACGUUUUUCCCCCUCCCGGAGGGGAAGAGUUGGACACUUGCUCACUACCCCCCAUAGAGCCUUUUGAGGGAUUAGCGUUAGCUGAAAUAGAUUCCAAAUCAUUCGAGAAAGAGCAGAAAUUGUGUUCUGUUCUAAAACCCUUGUGGGAAGAGGUUUCGAAAGGGGAGGGAAAGGAUUUUAAAUGCAUGAAAGGAAAACUGGUCCGUCUGAGUAGAUCUAAGCUGGGAGAAGAAAGGGUGCAGCUCUGUAUACCCUCGAGAUUGACAGAAAAGAUUAUGAAAUUUUGUCAUGAUGGCGCGUCAGGCCAUUUGGGUGCUACAAAGAUGAAGGAUAAAGUGUUGCGUCAUUUUUUUUGGCCGAAUUGUUAUGCUGAAAUUGAGUCGUAUGUGAGGGCGUGUGAUGCUUGUCAACGCGUAGGAAAGAAAGGUGAUCGAAAGAAAGCGCCUUUAAAAAUCGUGCCUAUCAUUUCAGAACCGUUUGCGGUCAUAAAUAUAGAUGCUGUGGGAGUUUUGCCCUUAUCAAAAAAUGGGAACAAAUAUCUAAUAACGUCCAUCUGUAUGGCCUCAAAAUAUCCUGACGCUAUACCUGUGCCCGAUAUUAAGUCCCCGAAUGUAAUUGAUGCCUUGUUAAAAACGUUCUCCAGGACUGGGUUCCCUCGGGAAGUGCAAAGCGAUCUAGGGCGCUCUUUCACCAGUUUAUUAACGACAGAAUUCUUUGACAGGUUUGGAAUAAAGGUUAGACACAGUUCUAUUUGUCACCCGUCAUCAAAUCCGGUUGAAAGGAUGCAUUCUUCCAUCAAACGUAUAUUAAAAGCAUUAUGCGUGGAAUCGGGAGAAGACUGGGAAAAAAAUUUACCGUUGGCUUUAUUUGCCCUCCGUUCAGUAAAUCAUGAGAGUACAGGAUUUAGCCCAGCCGAGCUCGUUCAUGGGAAAAAUUUGAGGACUCCGCAAACUUUGCUCUAUGAGAAUUGGAUGGUGCCAGAAGAAUCUGACCCAAAUGUAGUAGAGUACAUUCUAAAUUUGACCAACCGUUUGAAAAGAUGUCAGGAUUUGGCGGUAGAAAAGAUGAGUGAAAUGCAGGUACGAAGAAAGGCUUGGUAUGACAAGAAUGCUGUGAAUAGGCAAUUUAAGGUGGGCGAUCAGGUAUUAGUACUGGCGACAAAUAAAGCGAAUAAAAUGGCAGUGAACUGGAUAGGUCCAGGAGUAGUUACGAGCAAAAUAUCGGAAACUAACUAUGUUGUCGACGUCCCUGAGAGGAGGGACAAAUGCACCAUUUAUCACGUAAAUUUACUUAAACCUUAUCAUAAGCGCCCCGAACGAGUAAAUUUAAUAAUAGAGGAGGAGGGGGAAGAUGUCGAGCAAGAAGCUGAGAUUCCUUUUCCCUUGCCUGACCCUACAUAUUUUGAUUUACACGAGAUGUUGCGGGCUAGCAAAUUGGAAAAACGCGUGUCGGAAAAACAAAUAGAUCAAUUAGGGAAAGUACUUCAGAAACAUAAAAGAGUGUUUUCUUCAGACCCUGGGUGUACUAAAUUGGUCACGAUGGACAUUGAGCUGACCAGCGCCGACCCCGUGAGAUCGCGACCCUAUAGGAUGUCCCCACGGCAAACUGAAAUAGUGCGUGAGGAAAUAAAAAGACUUUUAGAUCUGGGAAUUGUAGAAAUCGGGCAGUCCGACUAUACUAGCCCCCUAAUUUUAGUGGAGGUGCCUGGGAAAGACCCCCGCCCUUGCGUAGAUUAUCGUAAGUUGAAUGCAAUUACGCGCACGGAGUUUUUCCCCUUACCAAACAUUGAGGAAGUAGUUGAGCGGGUGAGCGCAGCGCCUUACAUAACGCUGAUGGAUUUAAUAAAGGGAUAUUUUCAGAUACCCCUGACCGAAAGAGCAAGCCGAUACGCGGCUUUUGUCACGCCCUUUGGGACGUAUCGCCCAAAGAAUAUGAUGUUCGGUUUACUCAACGCUCCGUAUUACUUUGUAAAACUUUUAGCGCAAGUUUUGAAUGGCUUUGAACAUUUUACGGCACCCUACAUUGAUGAUAUAGCCAUAUAUUCGCAAAGUUGGGAACAGCAUGUGAUCGAUGUGGACAAAGUGCUAGAGCGAUUGGGUGACGCAAAAUUAACAGUAAAACCUUCUAAGUGUCGUUUCGCACAAGAUAGUGUCCGGUUUUUGGGGCAUGAUGUCGGUUCUGGGAAGAGAUCUCCGAGCGAGGCGAAGUUAAAAGCCGUGCAAGAUUUUCCAACCCCCACGACUAAAACGUUGAUACGGUCAUUCUUAGGAUUGGUAGGGUAUUACGGCAGAUACAUUCCGAACUUUUCCGAGGUAGCAGCCCCCUUAACAAGCGCAUUGAAAGGAAGGAUCAGAAAAGAAAAGGUAGUGUGGACGGAUGAAUGCGAGGAGGCGUUCCGUGCUUUAAAGGGAAGUUUACUAAAGAGCCCUAUUCUUUAUGCCCCUGACUUUUCGAAAGAGUUCAUUCUCCAAACUGAUGCAAGUGAGAGUGGAAUGAGGAUUGUACUAGCUCAGAUGCAUAAUGGGGAAGAACAUCCAGUUCUAUAUCUCAGUAAAAAGUUCUCGAAAGCUGAAAAAAAUUAUAGUGUUAUCGAAAAGGAGUUAGCCGCUAUAGUUUAUGGGUUAAAGAAACUAGCUCACUAUUUAAACGGCCAAUUUUUCCGUAUACAAACCGAUCAUUCCCCUAUCACAUACCUUAAAAAAAUGAUGGGAACGAAUGCCAGACUUACUCGUUGGGCUUUAUGUCUACAACAGUUCAAUUUCGAAAUUGAACACAAAUCGGGGAAAAGAAAUGGUAACGCCGACGGUUUGAGCAGACAGGAACCAUAA